AUGCCUAAUAUUAUGGGGCCCAAGCCGAACGCAAACCCCCGGGACAGAGCCACACGCCGCGCUGGGCGAGUUGCAGAUAUGCCCACACAUUCUCUGAUCGAAUAUGCCGCCAUCAAUGGAGCUCUUUUCAUAGAUCUAGACUUCUGCACGUCUAUGUCAGCCGCCAAAGAGGAAAUAUUCGAUGCACUAGUUGAAAUCAUCCCUAAAUACGCCGAUGAGACAGACAUCAUUCAUCUGCAGAUGAUUUAA